ACUUCUCUCGACUUUUGUCCGCGACCAUUCACGACCGAAGCAAAAACGCCCGCUUACGCAUAUCCAUCUGUUGAAUUUUAAUUCUCGAACUAUCGAAAUCACCAAAAUGCCUCCCAAGCCCGCCGACAAGAAGCCUGCCUCCAAGGCCCCCGCUACUGCCUCCAAGGCCCCCGAGAAGAAGGAUGCCGGAAAGAAGACUGCCGCCUCUGGCGACAAGAAGAAGCGCACCAAGGCCCGCAAGGAGACCUACUCCUCCUACAUCUACAAGGUCCUCAAGCAGGUCCACCCUGAUACCGGUAUUUCUAACCGCGCCAUGUCUAUCCUGAACUCGUUUGUCAACGAUAUCUUCGAGCGCGUUGCCACCGAGGCUUCCAAGCUUGCUGCCUACAACAAGAAGUCCACCAUCUCCUCUCGUGAGAUCCAGACCUCUGUUCGCCUCAUCCUCCCCGGCGAGCUUGCCAAGCACGCUGUAUCGGAAGGCACUAAGGCCGUUACCAAGUACUCUUCCAGCACGAAAUAAGUGUUCUGUGAUGGGGUGUUUCGUGUCUUUCCUCUCAUUUUCUGUCUAGGGCAUUAGGAUUUGUUGGCAUUUGGGUGUCACUUACGAGGAGACUUUUGGCCAGAGGUUCCAACACAAUCCGCUUGGCGUCUCUUCUAAUUGCAAUGCGUUACGGAUGGUCUGCUUUUUUUUAUUAUCUUUGGGGGCAAUGUCUUCUCACGGCUUAUGGGGUUCUUGCGAUUGUACAAUAACAUACCUUGACAUCAGGGUUUCGGACGAAAUGAAAUCGUGCACAUGAUCAAAGAACAUAGCGUGUUCAGUUUGAUCAGUGACGGCGCCUUCGCUUCAACGACACGGG